UUUUUUUUUGCAAUGACGUCUUUGGUGUUGUAGUUUUCGUUGUUUGUUUUGUUGAAACGUCAUUAGUUUUGGGUACAGUGGAACACGUGCUGUUUAUGGAAGAUUCUACGUUAACAUCGUGGUGAUAAACAGGCGAGGCUCGCAGCAUGGAGCCGUUGCAUGGCCUGGCAGUGCGGCCAGACACGCCAGCCAUGACGCCUGCCCAUCUUCCCCACUCGCCCUUGCCCGUGGCGGGGUCAAGCCAGCCGGACCUGCUGAUGGCUUGCUCUCCACGCGACAUGAAGUCUCCCGCGCCGGCCGCCAGCCCGGGAAGGCAGUCGCCUGCUCACUUUGGUUACCAGCCCUCCAACAACACAGCUUUGUUCCAGAACCACGGGCAAGAUGCUUCGGACGGACUGCAGCGAGCUAUAGCAACAAUGGAGGAAAGGGGGUUGCAGAAGGACCCACGUUAUGGACAGUUGCUCACGCUGCAGUCACGACAUGCUAAUGCAAGAUGUAUUAACUUUGUUCCUGCACCAGGGCCAACCCAACAUCCAAACCAGGUGCAGAGAUCGUUGCCCGAGUUGGACGUGCGUAACAUAUUCACCAUGCACCAGCUUCACCAGCUCAGGAUGCAGAUAAUGGCUUACCGUCUGCUUGCUCGUAACCAGACCCUUGGCAAUGAUUUGGCCCUGGCUAUACAAGGGAAAAACACCAGAAUGCCAGUGGUUGAUCAGAACAGCAUGAGCACUACAGUGCAGCCAAUGCGAGCGACGGCAGCAGCGACGGGAACAGCGGGGGCUGGGGUGGCAGGACCGCCACGGGCCCUCACGCCCCCUCACGGCACAGUGGCACAUCCGGGCCUGACCUCCCAGAUGCCAGCGCGCACAUCCACUCCCGUGCCAAGCAGCAGUGGCCACGCAGCACAGCCGGUCGCCCGGCCCGGGCCACACCAGGGUCCCUCGCAGCCGGUCAAACAGAGCAGAGUGACACCCGUCGCCAAGCCCGUCGGUCUGGAUCCCGUGCUUAUACUGCAGGAGCGAGAGAACAGGCUAGCCGCACGUAUUGCACACAGGAUUGAGGAGCUAAAUAACCUACCGGCAGGCAUGGCUGACGAUGUUAGAAUGAAAGCCGAAAUUGAACUCAGAGCUCUGCGCUUACUAAAUUUUCAGAAGCAACUAAGGGUUGAGGUGGUUUCUUGCACAAGAAGGGACACAACGCUAGAAACUGCUUGCCACAUCAAGACAUAUCGACGAACAAAACGCCAAGGUUUGCGAGAGGCUCGAGCUACUGAGAAGCUGGAGAAACAACAGAAAAUGGAGGCUGAACGAAAGAGAAGGCAAAAACAUCAAGAAUAUAUUACGGCAGUGCUGCAACAUGGGAAAGAUUUGAAGGAAUACCAUCGCAACAAUGUUGCCAAGGUACAGCGCCUGAACAGAGCUGUGCUCAACUACCAUUCAAAUGCAGAGCGCGAGCAGAAAAAGGAACAGGAGCGCAUAGAGAAAGAACGCAUGAGGAGGCUCAUGGCUGAAGAUGAAGAAGGCUACAGGAAGCUGAUUGACCAGAAGAAGGACAAGCGACUAGCAUUCCUGUUGUCACAGACGGACGAGUACAUAUGCAAUCUAACAGAAAUGGUAAAGCAACAUAAACUGGAGCAGAGAAGGAAACAGCGUGAGAUCAAGAAACGAAAAAAAAAGCGUCUAAAGAAAUCUGAAGAUGGAGAAACAAUUGAAGGCUUAAAUGAUGAAAGCUCUCAAAUGUCUGAUGUUCGUGUCACUGUUAUUGAAACAGCCUCAGGGAACAUGCUGCAUGGAGAUGAUGCCCCGCUAGCUAGCCAGCUGCAGGCCUGGCUAGAGAUGCACCCUGGCUGGGAGGCUGCUCCUCGUGAGGAUGACUAUGAUGACGUGGAUGACGAGGACUUUUCUGAUGAGUACACUGAUGAUGACAUGCUGGAUGAGAAUGAGUACCAUGACAAGAAGAAUCAAGGUUUCUCAAAAAUGAACUUGACGGAAGAAGAAAAAACCAAAGUGGUAAUUCAGAAAGCAAAAGUGGAAGAUGAUGAAUACAAAAACUACACAGAGGAGCAGACAUACUACAGUAUUGCUCACACAAUCACAGAGAAGGUGACCGAACAGUCUGCAAUCAUGGUGAACGGAAAACUCAAGGAGUAUCAGAUCAGGGGUUUGGAAUGGCUGGUAUCUCUGUACAACAACAACCUAAAUGGAAUUCUAGCUGACGAGAUGGGCUUGGGUAAGACCAUCCAGACUAUUGCUCUCAUAACGUAUUUAAUGGAAAAGAAGAGGGUGAAUGGACCAUUUAUCAUCAUCGUGCCUUUGUCAACACUGUCCAAUUGGGUGUUAGAGUUUGAAAAGUGGGCACCGUCUGUGAUCGUCGUGGCCUACAAAGGAUCGCCGACCAUGAGACGAACCAUUCAGAGUCAGAUGAGAGCCACUAAGUUCAAUGUUCUGCUCACCACCUACGAGUACAUCAUCAAGGACAAAGCUGUGCUGGCUAAGCUUCGCUGGAAGUUCAUGAUCAUCGACGAAGGUCACCGCAUGAAGAACCACCACUGCAAGCUGACUCAAGUGUUGAACACGCACUACCUGGCUCCUCACCGUCUGUUGCUGACCGGCACUCCGCUGCAGAACAAGCUGCCUGAGCUGUGGGCUCUUCUCAACUUCCUGCUCCCAGCCAUAUUCAAGUCUGUGAGCACGUUCGAGCAGUGGUUUAAUGCACCGUUUGCUACCACUGGAGAGAAGGUGGAGUUGAAUGAAGAGGAAACUAUUCUCAUUAUACGACGGUUGCAUAAAGUUCUUCGCCCGUUCUUGCUUCGUCGUUUAAAGAAGGAAGUGGAAUCCCAGCUUCCUGAUAAAGUUGAAUACAUAAUCAAGUGUGAUAUGUCAGGUUUGCAGAGGGUGUUGUACAGUCACAUGCAAAGCAAAGGUGUGUUACUCACCGAUGGGUCAGAAAAAGGCAAGCAAGGCAAGGGUGGAGCCAAAGCAUUAAUGAACACCAUCAUGCAGCUGAGAAAACUAUGCAACCACCCAUUCAUGUUCCAGCACAUCGAGAAGGCAUAUUGCGAACACGUGGGAAUGCAAGGCAAUGUCGUCAUAGGUCCUGACCUGUUCCGUGCAUCUGGAAAAUUUGAAUUGCUGGAUCGCAUCCUCCCGAAGCUGAAGGCAACGAACCAUCGCGUGCUCCUGUUCUGUCAGAUGACUCAGCUGAUGACCAUCAUGGAGGAUUACUUGAACUGGAGGGGCUUCCUGUACCUACGUCUGGACGGCACCACGAGAGCAGAGGACCGCGGAGAACUGCUCCGCAAGUUCAACAGUCCUGACUCUGAGUUCUUUGUGUUCCUGCUCAGCACCCGGGCCGGGGGUCUGGGCCUUAACCUUCAGUCCGCCGACACUGUCGUCAUUUUCGACUCUGACUGGAACCCUCAUCAGGAUCUUCAAGCUCAGGACAGAGCCCAUCGCAUUGGUCAGAAGAAUGAAGUGCGUGUGCUUCGCCUGAUGACGGUCAACUCUGUUGAGGAGAGGAUUUUAGCUGCCGCUCGCUACAAGUUGAACAUGGAUGAGAAAGUUAUCCAGGCUGGAAUGUUUGAUCAGAAGUCGACUGGUUCAGAAAGACAGCAGUUUCUGAAGACGAUCCUACAUCAAGACGAAGGAGAUGAUGAGGAAGAAAAUGAAGUGCCUGAUGAUGAAACUGUGAACCAAAUGAUUGCCAGGAGUGAGACAGAAUUUGAAUUGUUUCAAAAAAUGGAUUUGGAGCGGCGGGAACAAGAGCAGGCUGGUCGACCUCGUCUCAUGGGUGAUGAAGAGCUUCCUACGUGGCUCCUUAAAGAAGAUGAAGAGGUUGAGAAAUGGGCGGGUGAAGAGGAAGAGACUGAGCGGUAUUUGGGACGCGGUUCUCGCCAGCGCAAGGAAGUUGACUACUCAGACAGCUUGACCGAAAAAGAGUGGCUAAAGGCAAUUGAUGACAGCAUAGAAGAUGAAGAAGAGGAGGAAGAAGAGUUUGAUGAUGAGCACAAGUAUUCUAAAAAAAAAACACAGAGCAAACGCAAAAGAAAAGAUGACGAAGAUGUAGUCGCAGUUUUAGAGACAUCAAGGAAGCGUAGAGGUCGCCCACCUGUGGACAAAGUACCAGUCUUGCCCUCUCGCAAAACCAAGAAACUUAUGAAGAAGCUCAUCAACACUGCUAUCAAGCACACAGAUAGUGAAGGACGAAUCCUGAGUGAUCCAUUCAUGAAACUUCCAUCCAGGCGGGAAUUGCCAGACUAUUACGAAGUUAUCAAAAAACCAAUGGACUUUAAGAAAAUUCUCCAGAAAAUAGAUGAAAACAAGUACAACACCGUUGAUGAUCUGGAGAGGGACUUCAUGCAGAUGUGCCGCAACGCCCAGAAGUACAACAAGGAAACAUCAUUGAUUCAUCAGGACUCGAUCCAGUUGAAGCAAGUGUUUGUGAGCAGCCGGGCCGAGCAGGAGCAGGAGUUGGCAGCAUGCCAGGACGCUGAGCCCGAGAUUGAUGAGGAAGAGAUGGACGACUGUCAAGUGGAAGGUGAUGUAGAUGAAGAAGUGCAGUCCGAUGAAGCAGAGUCGAUGAAAGUGAGGAUUAAGCUGAGUCGCAAGGCCGUGAGUGGCUGCAGCAGUGGCAGUACCACAGUUCGGCGCAGCACCAAGCGCUUGUCGAGGCGAGCCCCUAAGAAAGAGGAGUGUCAAAACAAGGAGCUCAGUGAAGAUAGAAGCAUUCCUCUCCAGCAAAAAGUAACAUUGAUGUAGUCAAGAAUCUUUCCCAUUUAAGAAAGAACAGUAAUUGUAAUAUUUUGUAAGCAUGAAAUUCAUGGAAAAAUUGUUAUUUGUUGAGCAGUUUCUUUAUUACAUCUAUGUUUGUUGUUUGGUAUUGAAAACCAACUUUCCAAAUGAUAUUUAAUGACAUUAUUCCAUUUUUUUUCUUAUCAAGUUCUGAAAGCAUAAAAACUAUUUUUUUCCUCUAAACUAUAUCUGCUAUGAGAACCUGAGAACCCGGUGAAAUAUUAUUUGUGUGAUGUUUUUGAUAAAAUGUAGAAGAUUUUAUAAAAAUUUGUAAGUAAGAAUAUUUUUACAAUGUACCGGUACUUAAAUUACCUGAGCAUUUGUGUUGGAUGAAUUUUGUUGUAUAUCUGUAACUGCGGACUCUUUGAUAAAAUCAAGGUAUGAAAUUUUCUCAUGUAGUUUAUAUUAUUUUUGUGUUACAAACAUUUGUCAUGUUCUAAGGUUGGACUUUUAGUAUUAUUUUCUGAAGUGAAACCUUACUAAUGACAAGAGAUGUGCUUUUGUGUUUUUAUUUUUUGGCACAAAUUGGUGUUAUAUUCAGCUUAAAGUGGUGUUUUUUUUUUUUUUUAAAGCUAAAAGUGGUAUUUUUUCCUAACAAUUUUGCACAUUUACAUCCAUUUUUACCCAAAAAUUGACUUUUUCAUUUUUUAAGAUAAUCAGUGGCACUACAGCUUGUUACUAGUAUCAGUAUUAUAAAGUAAUGCACUGCUCAACAAAAUGAUAUAUGCAUAUACUUUAUUCUAAUAAAAAUGGUAUAACUGUACCUUAUGCUAAGGAAAGCAAAAUGUUGAGCUUUCUAAGAUUUUACUUGGUAGUAAGCUAAUUAUUGCAGCUGUGUGAGAAGGAAACAAAUAGGUUAUAAAGCUUAUUUUAAAGAU